AACAGGAAGCCCUGCUGGGCCUGUAUACAAGCCGCCGCCACCGAGAACGGACUUGAGGAUGGAGGAGCAGCAGGCACUGGUGGCUUCCCAGGACGGGGAUGUGGCUACCUUGGAGCGGCUGCUAGAGGCAGGUGCCCUGAGCCCAGGCAUCACUGAUGAGUUGGGGGCUGGCCUGGUGCACCAUGCCACCCGGGCUGGCCACCUGGAGUGUGUCAAGUUCCUGGUGCAGAAGGCCAAGCUGCCCGGCAACCAGCGGGCACACAACGGGGCCACGCCAGUCCACGAUGCAGCGGCCACUGGCAACCUGGCAGAGCUGUGUUGGCUGGUCCGUGAUGGGGGCUGCGGCCUGCAGGACCAAGAUGCCACAGGUGUCUCCCCAUUGCACCUGGCUGCCCGGUUUGGACAUCCAGCCCUGGUGGAGUGGUUGCUACGCGAGGGCCACGCGGCCACGCUGGAGACGCUGGAGGGGGCCUUGCCACUGCACCACGCUGCUGUCAGUGGUGACCUGACCUGUCUGAAGCUCCUGACGGCUGCCCACGGCAGUGGUGUGAACCAGCAGACCCGCAGCGGUGCCUCUCCACUCUACCUGGCCUGCCAAGAGGGCCACCUGCACCUGGCCCAGUUCCUGGUGAAAGACUGUGGGGCCGACGUGCGCCUGCGUGCCCUGGACGGCAUGAGCUCACUGCAUGCUGCGGCUGCUCGUGGCCACUACUCUCUGGUUGUCUGGCUGGUCACGUUCACAGACAUUGGCCUGACAGAGCAGGAUAACGAAGGGGCCACUGCCCUGCACUUCGCAGCUCGGGGUGGCCACACACCUAUUCUCGACCGGCUUCUGCUCAUGGGUGCCCCCAUCAUGAGAGACUCCUGGGGAGGGACUCCCCUGCACGAUGCAGCCGAGAAUGGACACAUGGAGUGCUGCCAGACCCUGCUCUCCCACCGUGCAGACCCCUUCCUGCGGGAUGAAGAUGGGUACACAGCGAUGGAUCUGGCGGACUAUCACGGACACCAGGAUUGUGCCCAGUACCUGCGGGAAAUGUCUCGGCCGGUGCCACCAGUCCUGAUGACACCCCCACCCCCGCCAUUUCCACCUCCUCCACUGUUGGCUGAAAGGCUCUCCAUGGAAGAUGGGAGAAGGGGGAACUCGGGACGCGGGAGUCCCCCGGCUGUGACUCUCAGCCCAGCCUGGCCUGGUCAGCCUGUCCCAAGGGAGCCAAUGGCCUGUGCAGCCCCUCUGAGCGUCACCACCAGCAUCCCAGCUGCCCUUAAGGGGCCUGAGAUGGAAGCCCGGGACUCCCAUGAUGGUCUGGCCACUCUGCAGCUGGACGGGCUGCCUUCAGGAGACCUUGACGUGCUGGUACCCACACAGGACGAGCGUGGCCGGCCCAUCCCUGAGUGGAAGCGGCAGGUGAUGGUUCGGAAGCUGCAGGCACGCCUGGGUGCAGACCACCUUCCAGAAGAUCAGGACCAGAGUCCGAGCCGAAACUCAGCCCCCACCCCGACAGAACAGGCGACUUGGAGGUAUUCGCAGACACACCAGGCCAUCCUGGGCCCUUUUGGGGAGCUGCUGACGGAAGAUGACCUGGUCUACCUGGAGAAGCAGAUCAACGACCUGCAGCUUCGGCGCCGCUGCCAAGAGUACGAGAGCGAGCUAGGCCGCCUGGCAGCGCAGCUGCAGGCCCUCCUGCCCGAGCCCCUGGUCAGCAUCACUGUCAACAGCCGCUUUCUACCCCGGACUCCAGGCCUGGAAGACGAGGAAGCCAAGGUCCUGGCACCUGACCUCGAAGCCUCGGCGGAGCCCGGGAAGUCCGAGCCCAGCGGGCUGCCCUUCUGGUGCAGCCACAUCGGUCGCCUGGUGCGCAGCAUGUCCCUGCUGCUGAAGGGCAUGAACGGGCUAGCGCAGGGAGAGGAGAAGCCGUCCGCCCCGGGCCGGCAGGACCCGGGCAAGGAGGCCGUGGCCGGCCCACCUCGAAGCGAGGCUCAGCGCGAGAUCCAGGAGUGCGGGGUGUCGGUGCGGACGCUGCGGGGGAACUUCGAGUCUGCCCCGGAUCUGCCCUGCGCCUCGAACUCCGGUCCCUGUGAGAUGGGGGCGCGGCCCGGCCAGUGUCUACGAGGCUGCUGGUCGGCGCCGCCACAGCCCCGAGGCGACCCGAUGGGUGGGGAGCCCCGGCCGGGCGACACGGAGGAGGCCAGCGAUUCCGGCAUCAGCUGCGAGGAGGCCCCAUCAGAGGCUGGCGCGGGGCCGGGGCUGGACCUGGCUAGCCUGCGCAAGGAGCGCAUCGUCAUGCUGUUCCUCGGCCACUGGAAGAAGUCCGCCUACACGCCCGCGCUCAGGACGGCCGCCUGCAGGACCUUGGAGGCCCAGCGUGCUCGAUCCAGGGGCGGCGCCGAGGCCAGCGGUAGCCCCCGGCCACCCUCCCCGCCGCCCAGCGACGGCCCCCGGCUCGGCCACCUGUGGCAGCAGCGCGGCAUCAUCACCCAUCUGCUGGGGACCUGGAAGGCCAUCAUGGCACACGUGCCGGCCCGGCAGCUGCGGAGGCUGAGCCGCAGGGCGCGCGGGCCCCUGUCCCCCGAGCAGUUCUUGCCGCACGUCGAUGGGGCCCCGGUGCCCUACAACAGCCUCUCGCUGGACCUCUUCAUGCUCGGCUACUUCCAGCUCCUGGAAUGCGACUUGCCGGCCGAGGAGCGCAAGAUGCGCCACCUGCUCUGCUUCGAGGUCUUCGAGCACCUGGGUGCGCACGGCUGGGAGGCGGUGCGCGCCUUCCACAAGGCGGUGACGGAUGAGGUGGCCGCGGGCCGCCGUGCCUGGACUGACGGCUUCGAGGACAUCAAAGCCCGCUUCUUCGGCUCCAGCCAGGGUCCAGCCUGGGACAUGGAGCCUGGCCGCAAGCUGGGCCUGACACCACUGGGGUCCUUGCCUCACGCUGCCCUCCCUGGCAGCGGCCCCGAACCUGCGGCUCCUAGGCUAGGGUCCGACUCCCAGAGGGGCAGCUUCAACAACGGGGACAUCUGUGGCUACAUCGACCGCAGCUUUGCCUUCUGGAAGGAAAAAGAAGCUGAAAUGUUUAACUUUGGAGAAUGACAGUUCUGGUGAAUGGGACUGUCGGGGGAGGGGGGGGAGGACGGAAGUUGGGGUUCCUCUUUUUCAUUUUCUGCGCACCCUGAGUGAGGGUCAGGUGAAGUGGGCGUGGUGUUGGCUGACUCCAGUCUGUCUUCACGGAGAUCAUACGUCUCUUAAGCCAUGGGUGUCCAUCUCUUCUGAGCAGUGACUUCUGGUCAAAGUCCUUGUCAUUUGUGAGCACAGGCUUCAGGCCCCCAGGUGAUCAUGUGGGUCCCAUGGCCCUGCAGCCAAGGAGCUGGCAUCCCAGCACAAUGGCCCCCCUGCCGGUCUUGUUUCCAGCAGUCUCCUGGAUGUCCCAUGCCUGUUACCGUAGUGCUGGUGGUCCCAGUCACAACAACAGCCUCUAUAAUCCUCCCUCUGGGCCUCAGCCCUGGGCCUGCCUCUGUUUUUGCCUUUUUUUUAAAAAAAUGGCAACCCCCAUCUGUAAAACGGGAGGGGAGCUGUGUCUAGAGUGAACAGUAUCCCUGGCAGGAGGGAGGAGGGCAGGAGGGCUUAUGGAGGAGACCCCAAAGCCCCAAGGCAGACAAGUGGCCUUGCCCUGAUUCUCCUGCUGGUCAGUCAUGGCUGCUGGUGCUGCCUGAUCCCUGAGGGAAGGCUCCCCUUAGGCCUUUGUCUUCCAGCUGACCAGCCCCUCCCAGACCCACAGCUAGAGGCAGUGGCAGGGCCACUUAGGGCCACAGGAGGGCCCUAAGAGCAGGGACACCAAGAAUAUCCACCAAGAGGUGAGGAGUCCUCUGAGCAGAAAGGUUGGCACCCUCUGAAGGUAAACUGAGUUUCUGGGAAUAGCAUACAGCAAGGGUGGGACAUACCAGGGGUGUUCAUGUGGACAUUUGGGUGUCUCCCACAUAAUAGCCCUUCCCACUCAGAUACAGAGGAAGGAGCGAAACACCCUUGGGGAUUCCAGGUACUGCAGAGAGCCACAGCAGCCAGGUGCUGGAGAGGGCGCCUCCAGACCAUUGACUGUAAGAAUGGUUUGUCUUCAGCUUCUGGUGACAUGAAGAAGGAUGAGCCACCACCCAGCUCGUGAGGCCCAGGAGAACUGGGCUGGAACCCAUGGGGACUUUGGGAUAGGAGUUUUGGGAGGAGACUACAGUAGGCCAUGGGAAGGGGAUCUGCUGCCAAGCCCUGCAAACAAAGACAUGCACAAUGAGGACAAGAGUCUCCUGCAGUGUCCCCACAUUACCACUGGGGGGAGCUGGGAGCCCUAACCUUUGGGUUGUUGGGGGGAGCAGAGCCUGUGCAGACUCAAGACUAGGCAGGGGUCCCACAGAAAGGGACCUCCAGGGAGAUAACAUUGGCAUGGGUGAUGGGCGUUGGUGCUGGAAGAACCGCAAAGGCCAGUAGCACAGAUCCUGGCUACAAGUUGCCUCCAGCCCUGGCCUACCCUGGGACCUACUCUGGGAUGACUGGGUGAACCCCGCUACGCAGCCCUUGGCUUCCUCUGCUUCUAGAGCCUCACAGGGAGCUGAAGCUGGACGUGU